CACAAUUUAUUUUUGAUUUAAUGGAGGCGUCUGUUUUGUUUUUACUUGACAAGCGCAUCACACACUGUUGCUAGCCUGUUGCUAACCUACCGAGUGAAGUAAACCAUUAACUAAUCCGUCAAACCGGAUUAAUUUUGCCGCGUAUGAUACCGCGGAGGAUGUUGGAAGUUAAACGGUUCAUGUUAUGAGACAUUUUUGCAGAGAAGCUAGCCAGAAGCUGCAUUUAGCUUAGCCAGCUAGCAUUUAGCUUAGCCAGCUAGCCGCCCUGGGUGGAGCAGAGGGCCGAGCGUUACAGAGCGACGGAAAUGCGCUGACUGAAUCCCUUACAAAGUUCAGAAUAGCGGAAACAUGAAUCGCAUACAGGUGAAUUUGCGAGGUUUGCCGUCUCAUGUAUUGGAAGCAGUGUGCAGACCAGAUACAGCACAAAACACCAGGUUACCAGAAAGCAUCAUCAGCCCUUUAACAUUUCCUAAAUCAAAAAUGCACCUUUGGGAUCCGACUUCUAAUGGAGAUCUGGUCAAUCUUCAUCUUACAUGCUACAGAAAGCCGAGGCUGCUACUCAUGGAGAAGGCGUUGCGUUUGGCUCAUCGUCAUGCACGACAGAGCAAGAAGCCACAGUUUUUCUGUUUCCUUAUUGGGACGCUAGUUGUGGAUAGCGAUGAGGAAGGUGUAUCGAUCACUUUGGAUCGGUUUGAUCCUGGCAGAGAGCAGCCUGAUGGCUCCACAAAAUCUCCGACUGCUCUCCUCCCUGGCGACGUCCUAGUGCCAUGCCUGUUUAACACUCAGCAUGUUCCUGACAGUACUGUGUACUCUGCACAUGACCUGGACAUCACCUUUAAGAUGUUGGAGCAUUCAUGCAGCAGCAGAGAGCCGAUGGAGCUGUGUAAGCUGAUAAGUCUGCGUGCGCGUCUCAGCUGUGUGGAGAACAUGGACCGGCUGAGCUUCAGCGUGCGCUGGGCAGGCGUGACGCUGGCAAGCUCACUAGAGGCCGUCCCUGUUCGUGUGCUGCCAAUCAUCCCUACUGCACUGGCCAGGAACCUGAGCAGCCCAGCCAGCAUGGCACAACCACUCCACACACACACUAAUACAAGGAAACGAGGAUUUCUGACCAUGGACCAAACCCGCAAGCUGCUUCUCAUCCUUGAGUCGGAUCCAAAGGUUUACACGCUUCCUCUUGUCGGCGUAUGGUUAAGUGGCGUUACACACAUCCACAACCCAGCAGUGUGGGCGUGGUGUCUGAGGUACCUGUACAGCUCCUCCCUCAAUGAAAGAGUGAUGUCGGAGGAUGAUGCGUUUCUGGUGGUCCUGUACUCGCUCACUCACCGGGAUCCUGAGUUUUACCAGUGCAAGCUGCAUGGGCUGAAAGAUGUGAGCUUUCAGCUUCUCAGCAGCAUAGAGUCCCUCACACUUUAUAAGAACGUGGAGCCAGCAGAGGGACGUUCGCUGCACUUUGAACUCUGUGCUGAGAGUCAGAAUCAGGAGGCUGAGCUCUUUAAAGAGGCACUGUCUCGUUCAGCGUUAUCAAGAGCUGGAGCUUCAUCUUCAGCUGCAGUCCAGAACAAACUGUCCAUCAGUGAUCAUGACUCAGGAGUGGAAGAUGAGGAUCUCUCUCCUCGGCCAUCUCCUAAUCCUCACCCCAUCAGUCAGCAGACUAGACAAAUCCAGCCUUCUGUCCCAGAACUCUCCAUGGUUUUGGAUGGCAGCUUCCUUGAUGGGAAGGUAGUGGAAUCCCAUGAACACUCCCUCAUGCAUCCUGCCCAAUCCAGUCUUCAGCUCAGGGGCUGUAGCAGUAAUACACCACCCUCCAACCCAAUACCACGACCAGCUGCUCAGAGUGGUAUGGCUGGUCCGCCACCAAUCAGGAGACCUCUGACCCCAGUUUUGUCCCAGCCAAAGCUAAAUAGAACACUCUCCUCUAUUGGGCACCAACCCUCCACAUGCAGGAAGUCUGUUUCCUCUGUGGUCCGAAGAUCAGGCAACAGCUUCUCUGCGUCAUCGUCUUCCUCAUCAUCGUCUUCACCCAAGACUGGUGCAUCCCCAAAUGGCUCUCUCCAUGAUCACACACCGAGAUCUGGUCACCAAAACCAAAAGAGCAAAAAGGUGACCAUCAUGUCAGAUCAGACACCACUUCUGCCUCCUUCUCAGCAUAUGGUGUUUCACAGCACCCCAGCUUUUAACUCUACCUGCAGCUGCUGCCCCACACACCAUGCCCACAUGCCCAUGUACCAGGGCAGUACCUGGCAAGGGACUCCGUCUCCACCAGUGCAGAACCCUGUGUAUUGUCCUCCUGAUGGCAGUCCACGUCGGGACUGCAGUCUCUCCACUUCCAGACCUGCGUUAUCUCUGCCAUGCCGCGUCUCACCUGCUAAGAGCCCUGUGUGUCAUGCUGGUAUUCCCCUGCACUACACUCCAUUACAUGGGCAACACGCCCCCAACACCAACCCCUGUGGUGGAGCUCUGGACCAGGCAGUGCCUGUGUGUCAGACUCAGUGCUGCCACCACCAGCCUGGUCCAGUGGCAGUCAGUGCACCAGACAUAGGCACGGGCCUUCUUCCUGCUGAUGCUUACAGGAUGCUAAUGGAGCAGGACCGGCAGCUGAAGCAACUGCAGGCUCAGAUCCAGAAACUUCUUGAUGCCCAGAACAAGGUGUCAGAGCCACUUGCAGCCUCUCCAGAGGUGCAGCAGGAGCAGGCCAUUCAGACCUCUACACUUUCUGACCCCCUAAAGAAGACAAGUGUGAGCAUCGCAGUAGGAACAGGAGCCAGUUUGUUCUGGAGCUCUCCCAGUCACAGCUCUGUACAUGAAGGUCAGUCUAUUGAGUGUCAUUCUGAGGCUAACAGCACAGUGUCCUCCAGACUCAGCUCAGAGAACAUCCUCCAUAGUACAGAAGAACAGAGCCCUGCAACACCUCGACACUCCACGUCAUCACCACAACACAACACAUCAGAUGCAGCAGUUUCUUUUCAGAGUCCUGUGCUAGGAGAGAGUGCAAGCAUGUAUUACAACUCUCAGUCUAAAGACACAGAGGGCUUCUCUCAAAACAGAGAAAUACCUGAUCAUAGAUUUUAUCAAGAGUUACUAGGCCAAGUGAAAAGCCGUCUCCAAGACAGUGUAACUGAAGAAGAAAAAAUGGAGCAAGAUGUGCACAGCCUUCAUCCCAGACACAGUCUGUCACCAAGGAAUUCUCCUCCAAGUAAACCUGCACUCAGAGAGCAAAAUGCUGAAGGUUUAGAAGACGACCGGGUGUUCAGCGCCACACUAAAACAGCUGCAGAGCCUCGGCGUCAGCGUGGAGCUUGAUACAGGAAAGUCCAUCCGCAGCACUGUAGAGAGUGCCAGCACACUGGCUUGCAUAAACCCAGAGGCAGUCAUCCCAAGGCUGGCGCUCUCUGAGCCAGUGGGCACCAGCAUCUGUGGGUUGAGCAGCGGCGUGGAUCUGAGUUUAGAAGCCAAUGCCAUCGCUCUAAAGUACCUCAGCGACUCUCAGCUGUCCCGUCUGUCACUGGGAGGCAAGUCUCCUGGAGCCCAGUCCAACGCCAGUGCACUGCUUUUUGGAAGAACUCCGCUGGAUAAGAACAGCACUGGACUGAGCAUUCUUUCUCCCAGCAACAUGUCACUAGCCACCUGCAAGUACAUGAAGAAAUAUGGACUGAUGGAACGUGGAGAGGAACAGGAUGACUGCAGCAUGAGAGCACAGACUGACUCUGCGCUUGGCUGCUCCAUGCAACUUGACACAUCAGAAAACAUUUUGCGAGAGAAGGAAACUGGUUUUAUUCUAAAAAAUGUAACUAAUAAGAAGCCUGAGCCACUUUUCUCUGAUCAAGAAUCUCAAAGCAAGCUAAUACGAGACCUGAAGCCUAAAAUGCAGCUUCUUACUCGCACAAAAACAAGCGCAGAGAAGGAGAACGUCCCGAAAGAGAUUAUUUCUCAACCUCAGCGGCGAUCCUCUUUAUCUGACAACCAGAGACUUGCUUUAGUGGCAGAAAAUCAAGGCUCUGUUGGGAAUUUUCUCGACCUCAGCAGGUUGCGACAGCUCCCUAAACUGUUUUAAAUACUUUUCAUAUGCAGGAAUUGUAUGGAUCUGAAAUUGUUUACCUUUUAAUUGUGCCUUUCUUAAGAAUGUACAUUUACCACUAAUGCUUGUAUAUUUUAUGCUAUUAUGAAGUUUUUAAUGUGUUUGUGUGUCGUAUUGUACAGUCUGGAAUACUUUAGCUUUCUUUUAUGGUGUUGUUGGUUGUAUUUUCUUGUGGCUGUAGAAAGUGAUGCCAGUCCUUUUAUGAAUUAAAGAACCUUAAACAGAA